AUUCUAAAAUAUUAUUGAAUAAUGAAUGAUGAGCUAAGAUGGGGCCUUUUCCCUCCUUGCUUAUCCACAAAAGUCCAUCUUCAAGGUUGUAAUUUUCGGCAAUAUCAGAUCGAAAAUGGAUAAACAAAACAAUGUGGGCCUUCCCUAACUGGUUGGUACAGUGGAGUGGUUGAGCUUGUAAUCGUAAUUGUAAUUGAGCGUCAUGAGCUUGAACCUCAUCACUGUUGGUCCGCUCUUUAAAAUAACCGAGCUCGUUGUGGGUUUAUUCAAAACGCACCCUUGUGACGACGACAUGACUCGUCACCCGGAGAUAUGAAAAAAAUAAAAGGAAACAACAUGGGGCGAGACAAAGAAGUGAGAGUGCAUGUGAAGACGCGUCAUCUUUGUCCACUCCCCAAAACGCGUGGCCCAACUGCCUUCAAUUCCAUCCAUUACUACUUUACUACAUACCCUUCUAUCCUUCUUCUCUUCCCUUUUUUGUAGUUUUUUUAUUUUUAUUUUUACCCGCGAAAAAAACAAAGAAAGAAAUAACCCCAAACUCCCCCCUUAAAUUCCGCAAUCAAAUAUAAAGAAACAAAAAUCUUGAAGCACUCUGCCCUGCACUACUAAAGUGGACAAUCAUGGCUUUUUUGCGUUGGAAAUUCUACUAGCAAGAGCAAGUGGUUGGUGCUAAAUAUUCCUUUCAUUCAUUCUUUCUUAGAGAGAGAGAGAGGUGAUGGAGGGAGAAGGAAGCAAGAAUGAGGACAAAAACGGUGUUAUCUUGGAGGGUGGAAAUAGUGUUGAGCUAGUGACAGAAAUGGUGGAGAUGAUACAGAAAGUUGGGACAUAUACUGAUUUCAGAAAAACACAGGGGAAAGAGUGUGUCAACCUGGUGAGGAGGUUGAAGCUGCUGACGCCGCUGCUCGAAGAGAUAAGGGAGCUUCAUACCUCCAUUUCCGGAGAGGCAUUCGAUCACUUGCUUGAUUUGAACAAGGCGUUGUUGGCUUCAAAGAAGUUGCUCAAGACCUGCAACUCCGGCAGCAAGAUUUUUCUUGCCCUGGAGAGCGAGGCGGUGAUGAGCAGAUUUCAUCAAGUAUACGACAAGAUUAACCAGGCACUCAACGGCAUACCUUAUGAGAAGCUUGGCAUCUCUGAAGAGGUUAAAGAGCAGGUGGAGCUAAUGCAUAUGCAACUCAAAAGAGCCAAAAGGAGGACAGAAACACAAGAUAUGGAGCUGGCGAUGGACAUGAUGGUCGUUUUCACUAGAAACGACGAGCGCAAUGCAGAUGAUGCUAUAAUAGAAAGAUUGGCAAAGAAGCUGGAGCUGCACACCGCUGCAGAGCUCGCAGCAGAAAGCGUGGCUGUGAAGAAGCUUGUGAAGGCCAAAGGAAAGAAUGCCACCCAUCAAGUUGUAGAGCUUCUGGAAAAAUUCAAGCAGAUUUCUGGAGUUGAUGAAAACAGUGUUCUUGAUGAGCCCGCAUUAGUUAGAUGCCUAGAAAAGAGCAAAUCUUUGUUAAUACCACAUGAAUUUCUCUGUCCAAUCAGUUUGGAAAUCAUGGCAGAUCCUGUAAUAAUUGCCACUGGACAGACUUAUGAACGAGAAAGCAUACAGAAGUGGCUGAAUUCGGGUCACAGAACGUGCCCGAAGACGGGGCAGAAGUUGAAUCACUUGACAGUUGCUCCCAACUUUUCCCUCCGCAAUCUUAUCCAACAAUGGUGCGAGAAGAACAACUACGACUUGCCCAAGAAGGAAGUCUGUGAUGACCCUGAUAUAGCGUCAUCUCCACUUGCUGAGGAGAUAUCUUCGUUGAUCCAGAAUCUGUAUUCGUCAUAUGUAGACGUGCAGAGAGAUGCAAUUAUCAGGAUACGCAUGCUGUCUAAAGAGUCUCCAGACAGUAGGAUCUUGAUUGCCAAUAGUGGUGGGAUUCCCCCAUUGGUUUGUCUCUUAUCAUGCGCGGAUUCUGAAACACAGCAACACAUCGUCACUGCUCUGUUGAACCUAUCACUGGAUGAGGCGAACAAACGGCUUAUAGCUAGAGAAGGAGCCAUACCUGCAAUUAUCAAAAUCUUGAGAAAUGGAACAGAAGAGGCUAAGGAGAAUUCUGCAGCAGCAUUGUUCAGUUUGUCGAUCCUUGAAGAGAACAAAGUUCUAGUCGGCUGCUCCAAUGGAAUCCUGCCUCUCGUAGAUCUCCUGCGGACUGGGACGAACAGAGGGAAAAAGGAUGCUGCAACUGCACUUUUUAGCCUGGUGCUAAAUCAAGGUAAUAGAUCAAGGGCAGUCAUAGCAGGUAUCAUACCGCCAUUGCUGCAACUGCUUGAGGACAAGACUUUGGAUAUGAUUGAUGAAGCCCUAUCGAUUUUAUUGCUUAUCGCUUCACAAGCUGAAGGAAGGAACGAGAUUGGACGUUUGUCCUUUGUGCGGACACUGGUGGAAAUAGUACGAGAUGGGACUCCAAAAAACAAGGAAUGUGCCACAGCUGUGAUACUUGAGUUAGGAUCCCACAACUCAUCUUGUCUUCUAGCAGCGCUGCAAUACGGUGUUUACGACCAUUUGAUAGAGAUUACAAGAUCUGGAACAACAAGAGCACAGAGAAAAGCAAAUUCACUUUUGCAUCUGAUGAAGAAGAAUGAACACAUACCUCACAUUCCCAGAAAAUAGAGGUUUUUGUUAGUUUCAUCCUGUCGCAAAUGCCUUGUUUUUUUUACACAAAUGUGUCCUCUGAAAAUGAAGUAUUGAUGAAUACAAAACAAUUAUUUUCAGAAGAAGAUGAAACUCAGAAAAAAGGUCCAUGUUUCAUUUCAA